AAAGCUCGAGUUUUGAAAUAGCCUAUAAUAGGGUCUGAGAAGAAAAAUAUUGGCAGGCCAGGCAUAUAGCCAAUAUGCGGUGAUAAUGUAUUAGGCCUGCCUACUGCACAAAUGUCAUUCCUACAGAACUCUUUUAUUAGGUAAAUGUAAGUCAUGUUUUUAAAAAAUCUGAGCGGUAGAUCUUGGCUUGAUUUUUGACUGCGAAAGUGAUCUUUACUCAGAAAAGGUUGGUGGCCACUGUUUUAAAACAAUGAAAUGUCUUGAACAUAGUUCUUACAGAGCCCAGCCCUCUCGCGUCCCGCCCCCUCACAGCUGCUGAAGCUCAAGCUGCUGUAUCAAGCAGUGGGCUUGUCAGGUGUACGGAGUAACUAACAACGGCGUAAACUUUCCCCUUGGAAAACCGAUCGUAUUUCAUUUGACUGACAAACACAAAUCGAUACCAUGCUUAGACGGAUACUUCAAAUGACUCCUGGGAAAGGAGGCGCUCAGAACUCUGAUUCAGACCAGCCCAGUGCAGACCUCAACAAUGACCAGACCUCCGAGGGGUUCAUCUGUCCCCAGUGCAUGAAGUCCCACAACUCAGCAGAGGAGCUGUUCAAGCACUAUGAACUAUACCACGAUUCGGGAGACCAGCCCUCCCACAUGGGCCCUGGCCGUGAAGACCUUGUGCUUCUCCGGCAAGAGUUGCAAGAACUGCAGACUUCGCUCAAGGAGGAGAAAUGGUUCUCUGGGGAGCUGAAGAAGGAACUGGACAAAGUGCAAGGACACCUGAAGCAAGCUCCACAGAACGAUGGCCAGACGGGCUCAGAGGAUUCUGCCCUGGCAAUUAAGCUAAACGAGGCGGAGACAGAGACGUUCAACAUCAAGCAGAUGAAAGACCUGUUUGAGCAGAAGGCUGCCCAGCUGGCCACAGAUAUAGUGGCCGUAAAGUCUCGUUAUGAUGAGGAGAAGAGCCUGAGGGAGGCUGCAGACCAGAGGCUGGCAAACCUGAGCCAGGAGCUGCAGAGAGAGAGGCAGGACAAGGACCAGCUCCACACUGAACUGCUGCAGCGGCCAGGAGUGGAGGACGUGGAGGUACUGCGGAAGGAGCUGAUUCAGGUGCAGACGUUGAUGGACAGCAUGACACGUGAGAGGGAGGAGGAGUCAGAACGCCUCAAGAGCAAAUACGAGCAGCUGCAGGCUGACCACACCAGCUCAGAGAUGACCAUCUCCCAGCUGAAGGCAGAGCUAGAAAAGGGACCUCAGGAGGCAGCCGUGUACACCCAGCAGAUCCACCAACUCCAGAGCUCUCUGAACAACCUGCAGCAACAGAUCCAGAUGCUUUCAGAGAAGCUGGUGCGCAGGGAGAAGGAGUUUCAGGAGCUGGAGGAGGGCCUGAGGGCUGAGCAGGUCUCCAAGAAGACAGCCCAGGCCAGCCUGCACCAGAGGGAGCUGGAGGUGCAAGAGCUCCAGGCCCGGGCGGCGGCUGCCGAGGCCAGCCUGCAGAGAGCCCAGGCAGAGCUGGGGGAGCUGGGGGACCAAGCCGGGAGGCUUCGAAGGGAGGUGGCUGAGCUGGAGGCCAAGCACAGGGAGGUGAAGAUGGAGAGGAAGCAGCUGCAGCAGCAGAGGGAGGAGAGGGAGAGCCAGGGCCUGGUGCAGCAGAGUGAGAUCAGCCAGCUGCAUGCUAAGCUGCUGGAGGCGGAGCGCCAGCUGGGGGAGGUGCAGGGCCGUCUGAAGGAGCAGAGGCAGCUCUCUGGGGAGAAACUGAAGGACCGCGAGCAGCAAGCCGCCGACCUGCAGAUCAAACUGUCCCGCUCAGAGGAACAGUUGAAGGAGAACAGCAGUAAGACGUUGGACCUGCAGCACCAGCUGGAGAAAGCUAAGCAGCAACACCAGGAGCUCCAGGGCCUGCUGCAGAACACCAACACCAAGCUGCGAGAGGCACAGAAUGACCUGGAGCAGGUGCUGCGUCAGAUUGGGGACAAGGACCAGAAGAUCCAGAACCUGGAUGCCCUGCUGCAGAAGAGCAAGGACAGUGUGAGCCAGCUGGAGGCCGAGAGGGAGGACCUGGUGGCCAAAAUCCAGGCUGGGGAGGGAGAGGCGGCCGUGCUCAACCAGCUACAGGAGAAGAACCACACACUACAGACGCAGGUCACACACCUGACAGACAAACUGAAGAACCAAUCGGAGAGCCACAAGCAGGCCCAGGACAACCUCCACAAGCAGUUGCAGGAGCAGAAGACCCUCCUGCGGGCGGCACAGGACCAAGCCCAGGCUGUGGAGACCUCUCUAAAGGAACUGAACGCCCAGCUGACCGAAAGCAGGGAGAAGGUGGCCCAACUGGACACACAGUUGAAGGCUAAGACAGAGAUGCUGCUGUCGGCCGAGGCAGCCAAGGCAGCCCAGAGAGUAGACCUGGAGAACCACCUGGAGACGGCCCAGCAUGCACUGCAGGACAAGCAGCAGGAGCUGAGUAAGAGCCAGGCGUGUGGGGAGGAGCAGGGCCGGAGGCUGCAGGAGAGACAGGAGCAGUGUGGCCAGCUGGAGGCCAGUCUGAAAGAGGUCAAAGACAAACUACUGAUCUCAGAACAGCGCGUAGAGCAGCUGGAGGUGCGGGCCAAGAAAGCGGAGGCGGAGGGGGUGGAGCUGCGUGCUGCCAGGGAGCAGGCCCAGCAGGAAGUGCAGAAGCUCCAGAAGCAGGGGUCAGAAGUCAAGGGAAAGCUGAAGGAGCUGUGUUGCCAAUUGGAGACUGAGAAGGCUGGGGCUGUUGCGUUACAGGAGGAGCUGAAGAGAAAAACCUCCUCCCUGAGUGACACGCGACAGCAGCUGGAGCAAUGUGAGCAGGAGAAGACCUCCCUCCAGGCCAACUUGGAAAAGCUAGCCCAGGAGGGGCAGGCGCAGCAGGCAGAGCUGGACAGGAAAGCCCAGGGCUUGGCCAGGGAGCUCCAGAAGGCCCAGCAGGAGAAGGAGGCCCAGGGGAAGGAGCUGUUGGUGGUCAAGGAUGGCCUGGCUAAGGCCUCCAAAGCCAUCAAGGACAGCCAGAGCCAGCUGGACAAGGAGAGGAAGAGCAGCAAGGCAGUUAUGGAGGAGAGGGAGAAGUCCCAUGAGAAGGCCAGACAGGAUCUGCUGAAGGCCACAGAGGCCACCACCAAGGAGAUGGCAGAGGUCAAAGGGCAGUUGGACAAGAUCAUAGAGGCAGAAAAAGGGCUGAAGAUGCAGCUGACAGCAUUAACAGAGCAGCACACCAAGACCCAGGAGGCCCUGAAAGAGAAGGAUAAGGGGGUGCAGCAGCUGCAGGCACAGCUGAAGACAGCCCAGGGGUCCUUCAGCCAGGAAAAGAAGAAGCUGGAGAGCCAAGUGACCGAGCUGCAAGGAGCACAUGCCAAGAAGGCUGAGGAGGAGGGUCGUCUGAGGGAGCAGGUGUCAGGCCUCGGCCAGGAUUUGAGCUCUGAGAGGACCAGGACCACUGAGCUGCAGAAGGUUCUAGAGCAGUGUCAAGAAGGCCUGGCCAAGCUGCAGUCUGACUACUACGGCAAGGAGUCAGAGUUGUCAUCUCUCAGACAGGACCUCAAGGCGUCUGAGGAGAGGCUGACCCUGUUCCAGGAGGAGUUGGCUGCUAACCGGACCCAGCUGACUGGUCUAGAGGGGCAGGUCCAGGAGGUAAAGGCUGCCAGGGCCUCCCUGGAGCAGGAGCUGGCUAAACGGGAUCAGAGGCUUGGCCAGCAGGAGACAGCCCUCAAAGAGUUGCAGAAACAACAGGGUGUGACCCAGGAGGAGCUGCAGAAGGAGAGGGGCAGAGCGGAGGAGCUGAGCCAGACUAAGGCUGUCCUGGAGAAGGACACGAUAAGACUGGGCUCUGAGCUGAAGUCACUCAGGGAGAGGAGUGACAAGGAGUUGAGGGAGCUGCGGGAAUCCAAGCAACUGUUGAUCCAGCAGAAGCUGGAGACGCAGGGCCGGGUGGAGGAGGUGCAGGCAGCCCUGGAGCAGGAGAAGACCCAGCACCAGGCCACCAGAGACAGUGUUACCCAGAAAGAGGAGAAGCUACGGGCAGAGACCCAGGAGGUCCAGGCCCAGCUGGCGUCAGAGCGUAAUGCUCGGGAGGGGCAGGCGAAGCGGGGAGAGGAGGCGGAGGCGCGGCUGGGCCUACAGGUGACGGCGCUCAACGAGAACGUGGCCACGCUGAAGAGGGAGUGGCAGGGGAGCCAGCGGCACUGCGUCGAGCUGGAGAAGCAGACCGACGAACUGCGGGGCGAGAUCGCCGUGCUGGAGGCCACUGUGCAGAACAACCAGGACGAGAGGCGUGUGCUGCUGGAGAGGUGUGUGAAUGGUGAGGGGGAGAUGGAGAAACUGCAGGCCAAGGUAGUGGAGAUGAGGAGGAAACUGGAUGAUACGACAGCCGCCAUGCAAGAGCUGGGCAGAGAGAACCAGUCACUACAGAUAAAGCAGUCACAGUCUCUGACCAGGAAGUGGGCGGAGGACCACGAGGUACAGAACUGCAUGGACUGUGGGAAGGGCUUCUCUCUCGCCAUUAGGAAGCACCACUGCAGACACUGUGGCAACAUCUUCUGUGCAGAGUGCUCCGCCAAGAACGCCCUCAUACCCUCCUCCAAGAAGCCUGUGCGGGUUUGUGAGACAUGCUUCGAGGAUCUCCAGGGCUGAC